AUGUUUCACAAAUUAGGUCCAUUGGCAUGUUCUGCUGACUGGUUUCUCAGUGGAGUAUCUUGCUACAAGGAAAAUAAUAAAGAUACCUGGGAAGGUGCAAAACAAGGGUGUUCUGCUUCCGGAGGUGAUUUAGUGAAGGUUGAUGAUGAUAAUCAAAAACGAUUUUUGAUUCACUUUAUGGAGGUCACCGGUCUGAAGAAAACGAACAUAGAUGUAAGUAUCGAGUCAUUAACUCUUUGAGUCUCAUGAUCGCGUGAUCAGCAUGAAAUUUCUCUAUGUAAUAUUAAUGCAUUAUAAAACAAAGUACGUAGUCAAAAGAAUUAAUUGUAUAAGGACGUGAUCACCCGAGGUGAAUGUAACUGAUUCUUAAUACAAUUACUCUUCCCAUCAGAUCUGUAGGAAACGUAUAAGGACAGGAGAAGGGCAUUUAACUUGAGAUGUUAGGUUUUUUAUGCAGUUGAUAGAGCACCCUUAAGGCUAGGGUAAUUAAUUGUAAGACGAGAUUUCAAAGAGGAAUGCGGAGAAAUCACAUCUGUGUAGUUCGUGUCACAGACCCAAUUGAAUCAGUGAUGUAGAUCGUAGACAGUUUUAAUUCCAUUUUCAUCUAUAUCUGUAUCUUGAAAAACGCAAGUGUUCAAAAGACCACGUUUCUCAUGCUCAGUUACUUUGGCAUAACCUGAGAUCAGGCCCAAUUUUUGCGGUUCUCAUACAUUCUCUCUAACGGCCACGGCUAAAAUUGGGCCUUAUACAGACUCUCUCACGUUUGUGCUCGUUACGGCCAGAUUUUGGCCGUAACGAUGAUUGGCUGUUAUAACAAUGCUACAAGAUCUGAUUGGCUGUCGGAAACGCCGGAAGUUGAAAGCUCUUAUUCCUCUCGUGGUUGUUUUCGUGAAUGAUCCGCCGUCGGCGGAGAGAAAGGUCGAUUAUGCUGUCGUUUUUGUUUGAUGGUCUUAUGGUAGGAAAAUAUGCCUUAAUAUGUACCAUGGAAAUUCAGAAAAUUCAUAUACUUGUUCAUAUCUUCUCUGGAUUUGCUUUAUUUACGGAACUAAUGUGAGUGUAUAGCGGAGUUGAAUCCCUCUGCAAGUUCGGUGUUGACCGCUAACAAGGUGCUUUUUGAUUUACCAACAAACGAGUGCAGAUCAAAAUACUGUCCAUCUCAAAAGUGGUUUUAUUUGAAAGUUUAGCCGGGAAUGACUUUUCUGAGCGGGGUACGCAAACGGAGGGCUCAUUGCCAAAGAAACUUCAAUCGCCAACUGUGAAGUAUUAGACGAAAAACAUCGCAUGAUCACUGUUCAGGGAAUUUUUGUUGGCAUUAUCAUAAAAGCUAGUGGCGCUACUCUUAAGGUAACAGACGUGUUGUAUGCCUUCGUUUUUUGUAAAAGUAAACCAGGGAAACUGGUGUCUUCGCUUGUUGGCUGUUUGCUGUUUGUUAAUUUCGAUACAUAAAAUAAAAUUUAGCGAGCUUUUCAGACCUGCAGUAAAACAUCAACACAACUAAUUAAAGGAGAACUACAAAGUGUGUUUGUAAUAUUGUUUUUCGUUUUGCUUAUAGCUCUCCAAAGUGAUAAUGUUUACAUGGAUUUAUAAAGAAAUAUAUUUGUUUUAGACGUUUGUUUCUCUAGUAAAUGCGCAAAUUGCAAGUGUACUCAGGGGACUAAAUCAGCUAAAUUAAAUGCACUUGAGAACUCGUUGCUUUGUUCUGAGAUAAUUUAUAUAUCCUUUUAAAACGUUCGCGAUAUAUUUCUCUAAGAUUUUUUAAGAUUUCUGUACUGAAAAUCGGGGAAAAUUGCCGAGGAAAAUGUACAGGCAACAGGAAAAAAAAAAUUUCAGUAUUUUAAAUUCGAGCGCGCCUAGCCUAAACAUUAAAACUAAAACAUCUGGUGUCGCCGUCUUUUCGAAGACUUUUUACCUUCUACGCCAAUAGAAAAAACAUUCGAAAUCUCCUUUAAUCUCGCAAGAAGUUAAAUGUGAUUGUGCUGACUGUUUUAUUUUUAGCUGAAAAUAUUAAUUAAAAGGUAAAAGCUAUUUUUUAAGUCAGCAAGUCUGCAUUUUUCCCACGUAUGGAAAAUUUGCAUAUUAAAAAAACAAGGAACUGAAGUAAUUUUGGUUGGCUGAUUCGGCAAAUGUCAAUCAAUCAAAAAAGUGAGCGGCAGACGUUUCGUAGAAGGUUUGUAUCAGGCUCUCUUUUCGUUUUGCCAUGCCCGCAGGAAUGUUAUUUACAAAGCGAAACGAAAAUUGAGCCUGAUCUCAGGUUACUUUGGCAAGCUGAGCGCACAAAGUGAAUUAUUAUAAAAUGCAGGUUCAUCGUUCAUACAUGCAUUCCAAGCAAUUCUGGUGAAUUUGAUAGAAAACCAGUUGUUCUGCCUCUCAUCGGCUGAGACGUCUUGAUCUAAAAUGCUAUCUUGAUUGAAUAACGAUAUAUGCCCUUCUGAACAAAAAUUAUUAACUUAAUUUGAUUGUAAGUGAUCAUAAUUAAGUAACUCCGUAGUGUCAUGUUGGCAGUGGUGUUAUUUACAUCAGGCGGAAAACUCACGAAACAACAUCACCUUUAUUAUCAUUCCUGGAAAAGUCUUGGCUGAGAAGUUAAAAGCCUGGUUUUCACUAGCGCAUUAGCACAAGCAUAAGGACAUACUCAAGCACAGAAUGGCAUAUUUGAGUCAAUUCUCAAUACCAGCUCUCCUCAAUCCGAUGAUAAACAAGAUGGCAAACUAAGAGUCCGCCAUAUCGCUUUGAUAUGUUUGCAUGAGGUCUGUGUCAAAGUGACCUUUGAUUGGUUCACGGCCUUGUACUUACGCAUGUGCUUAUGUCAACCCAGUUUUAAACAGUCAAAGCUACGACAUAAGCAUAAGCACAAGGACAACGAACUUGUCCGUUUUUCUUGUGCUUAUGCUUAUGCUUAUGUCGACCCAGUUUUCACUUGCUUACACCCGUGCUUGUGCUUAUGCUUACGCUUAUGCUUAUGCUUAUGUGCUAGUGAAAACCAGGCUUAAGAAAAUUCUUGGCCGAGAAGUUACCAUGAGGUUAAGCGUGGUUUUCACUAGCGCAUAAGCAUAAGCAUAGGCACAAGCACAUGUGUAAGCAAGUGAAAACUGGGUCGACAUAAAGCGUAAGCAUAAGCACAAGAAAAACGGACAAGUUCGUUCUUCUUGUGCUUGUGCUUAUGCCCAUGUCGUAGCUUUGACAAGUGAAAACUGGGUCGACAUAAGCACAUGCAUAGGCCCAAGGCCGUGGACCAAUCGUAAGCCACUUUGACCCAGACCUCAUGCGAACAUAUCAAAAGCAAUAUGGCGGACGCUUCGUCCGCCAUCUUGUUUAUCAUUGGGUCGAGGAGAGCUGGUAUCGAGAAUUGAGUCAAAUGUACCAUUCUGCGCGUGCGUAUGUCCUUAUGCUGACGCUUAUGCGCUAGUGAAAACCAGGUAAAAAUAGGCUUUUUUCAAAACAUCCUUGUCGCCAUGGUAACGAUCGAAAUCUUACUUCUAAAAUGUCAAAUUUAUUGUCCUUAGUAUAAAUGUAUUCUGUCCAUACCAAAUAUGAGCCUCAACGAGUCUUGAAUUAAUGACACUCCCAUUAUCAAACUGUUUACAACCACCUUAAUUAAUUGUAUUUUUUGUAGUAAAUUGUUCCAUUCAAUAUUUUUUCUGUAUCCCUUGAAAUUGCUUUAUACAGCACGUAUGGAUUGGCCGAAAAGGUGAUUCGAAUUGUUUGCAAAUGGCGACAGACACUCAAACGAUAGAAAAGGCGGGGGACUGUAACGACGAAAAGAACUAUAUUUGUGAAAUGCCAGCGUCAACAACAAGUACGUUUUCUAUCAUCCACAUCGAGAAGGUUACACUUAGCACAUUAUCGCAAUAGCCCAAGCUCAAUACGAGAGCCCGGAACAACCUUAUUUUACUUAGCUAAUUAUUUAUUCAUACAGCAACAACCACAUAAGACGUUGUAUGAAAAUUAUUACUUUUUCUCUAAAAUUGGGCGAAAUGGGCAUUAUGUUUUUCCUAUUAAGCUUUUGUUUAGUAUUUUCAGGUUAAAGUCUAUCAAAUUUUUGUGAAUGACUUCCAAUUUAGUAAAAGCUCCGCUUUUAGGCUUGUCUACAAGUUAUAAUUUCACGCUUUUGCCCCAGACUUUGAGGUAAGUGACCUUGUCAGAGAUACUGGAUGGUUUUAAAGGCUUCUAUUAUUCUGCAUUUAUCUUUAGGUUGUUAUGAGUACCCUAGCAGGAAUUCCUCUGUUCCCAUUAAAGUCAGCUGUACUUUUCCAGAAAACCUUUGUUUCAAAUAUGACAAUACAACGUCAAACGGCGAACAAGUCACCAUUCAAGGCUGUAUAUCCGCUGAUCAAUGCAGACAAUUUGAUGAUCAUCAUUUGCACUGUUGUGAAGGAGAUCUGUGUAAUAGUGGUAAGUAAGCUCAAGUAUAAUGAACACAAAAUAGCUAAAAAUUGUUACUUUAGGUCCGCCGUGCCAUGUUCCUCAGAAACAGGGAAAACAUAGUUUAUUCUAACCAGGAUCCGUGAAGGAGGAAUAGCCAUGCUUAGCAGCGAAGUAGAUUUUAAGAACCUUUUUGUAAGUUUUCGCAAGAUAAGGCACCUGUUUUAUUCAGCGCAGACUCGCACGUUUCCCAUGCCAUUUAUAAUGCAAUACCUUUCCUUGCAGUUAAGAACACCACGAUAUCUGAACCCGAAAAUCCGACCCGCGCCAUUUCUAAAGUCAUUUACAUCUCACUUGGUAUCACCUCCGCUUUUUUGCUACUGUCCGUGGCUAUUGUUGUCUGGUGCUACAGAAGAAAGAAGCUAAAGACUAUUGAAAGGUUUGUGUAUCUUUUAAUUUGCUAGCCACAUUGUUCGGCGUAAUUUUUUCUCUAGUUGAAGGUGUAUCAAAAACACUUAUAUAAGCAAAAUUUUACUUUCCUAGCAUUUAAUUUUAGCGCGAUGUUAUUGUUUAGAUUACGUCACGUGGCCACUUAGAGCGUCGUGCACCCGCCAUUGACAGUUACAAAGAAAACAAUCAAGCAUUUUGUUUUAGCCAAGGGGCUGAAAACCUAAAAAUGACAGUAAGAAAGAAGAGAUCCUAAAGAAGUAUAUCUUGAAAAAUAAAUUGAAAAUUGACUUGACUUAUAAAAAGAUGUUAUUGCGUUCGACGUCGAGAGAACGCAACCUAGACUCAACCCCCAAGAGCCUGAGCACGAACAUUUAGCACUAAGAAACUCAACUUUUUUUAGGCUGGGUGAAUUACCGAAAACGAUAGGUUGAAGGCUAAUGGCCAAAGUCCUUGGCUGACAGCUUUCUUCUGAGAUGCCUCUUUCUGCCAGCUGUUUAUUUUAACAGACAACCGCUGUUGAGCCUAUCUUAGGCCAAGAGUUAUCUCUCAUGUCAACACGAUAUCAAACUAUGCCCAGUCGGUGAGGUUGCAUUUUUGAAAGGCAAAGGCCGGUUUCGACAAGCGGCGUUUGACCUCUAAUCGGGUAUGGCAAAUUUUCGUUGUAACGUUUUCUCACUUAAAAAUGGGCUAGUGGAGCAAAUGUGUUCAGCAGUACCCAAAAGGGCAAGGGCUGGUUGAGUCGGAUGAAGCUUCAUUCAUCAAUAAAAUUACCCGUACAUUAAAAUGAAAAAUUUCUCUUAGAUCUCGUUUACACGGGACCGGAUAAAUAUUUCAACGAAUGAUUCAGGCUUUUCCCGUGCAACCCUUUUACACUGUCGAACCGUGCAAAUUCUGUAUCAAUUUUCAGUAUGAUUUGUUAUUCAAAAACUUGCACUGUUCGCGGGUUCCGUGUAAACGAAAUACGGCGUUGUGCAAGUUUUUGUCCGUUCAUAUGUCCGAAUCUGUUUAAAUUCAAUGUGGUCUUAAAUUUCUUUCAACUGUACCAACCCUGUUGGGAAUUGCCUCCAAAAUAGUUGCUAUCCAACACACUCACAGAAGGUUUUUAUUCCUUUCCUCACAGUACAGCACACUCUCAUGACAAAAUAAUUCUCGUUUACUAUCUCCUAUUGUUCUACUAUUUUGCUAUCAAUCACGAGGUUUUCAGCUUCGCUUUCAAUUCCAAAGUUCAGGGCAAUCAGGUUCUCACGUGUAAUCUAUCACAUAACACCUCUUUAAAAUCACGUGACUAAAAUCAAACAAAACUUAAAUCAUGUUUACAAAGGAGAUUGGUUAUUAGUUCCGACACUCUCCCUCAUAUGUCUACCUUUAGGUGACAUAUGUUGCAUUUAUCUCUAGAAACCAUAUCAUACUAAACGUUCUUGUAAGUGAAAACGAUCGCAGAAAACGAAACGAUUCUCAAACUCUCUACAGAGUCGGUGCUCAAUGUUCAGUUCGCUUGCUCUUUGUCAGCAAUAUCUUGCAUUCGUACUCUCGCUGCCAUUGCAGCGUUACGGGUAGGUCUGAACUCUCGAACCUCCGGGUUUAGGUGUUCCUGAGUUGUCAAAGGUGUCCAGUCGCACGAUAGUUCUAAGGGCUAGAGGUGGUUUAGCAGCGGCUCUGACUUGGAAACGGUGACAACCAUAACACUGUUUUAUCUGUUUUAACACUCUUGGUCAGACGUCUGAGCCUCGGCACCCAAUGACGCUCUCUGAUCCGCGCCAUUGUUAAACCGACUCCUCCAUGCUACGUACAGCGAUGGGCGUCUUCAACGAGUUUCACUGUGUAGGGGUACUUGUCAGGCAGGUAUACCGAGUAAUGUACCUGUACAGGACCUCGACAUAUGAGUAUCCCCUGGUCGUUUUCUUCUAAACCCAGUCUUUGUCGAUCGUCUGUCACAUCAUCGCUUUGAAUCUCUUGAGGGCGCUUGGUCCAAAACAGGUGCUGGUUUUUUAUCUCGUCGGUCGUCAAUGGACCCAUCAUUCUUUCUUGUUUCUUCAGGCGUGAAUUCCGUAUGAAUCUCGCGGUCCAGGCGACAAUCCUCAACGUCUUGGUCAUUUCAAAGUUCCCUAGCAGAACAUUGAGGCACCCAGUUGUCGCAGUGGCGCCAUUAAAAGUUCUUUGGUAAUUUUAGCCUCUGCUUGGCUCUCAGGAGUGCGACUUGUCACGAUGUUAGUAGGCCACUUUUCUUUGUCUGAAAGCCAUUCUGGUCCUUGCCACCACAGCUUGCUGUCAUCUACUUGCCCUCCUCGACUUCCCAGAUCUGCCGGAUUUUCCUUGGUGGGUACAUGGCGCCAAGUGAUCCCUGAAUGCUCUUGUAUUUUCAUCGCUCUGUUUGCUAUGAACUAUUUGUACUCGCCGCCACCGUUUAUCCAAUGGAGAGCCACUGAGCUAUCCAGCCAUCCAUAGCGACGUUACCAGGAAACCCUUUAAGCGCCUUCUCUACGUUUGUGAUAAGGUUCGUUGCCAUAUGUGCCGACACCAGCUCUAAUCGCGGAAUGGUCAGCCCCUGCUUCGCUAGUCGAGCCUUUGCAGUAACCAAACCCUGGCUCACCCCUGAUGGCUGUCUCACAACUGCAUACACUGUUGCACACACUCCGUUCUUACUCGCAUCGCCAAAGGCAUGGAGCUCAAUUCUUUCAAUUUUCUCUCGGGCAUUUGUCACAGCCCUUUCACCUUGACCUCGGCUGGUAACUCUUUCUUCCAUCGUGUCCAUUGGCUUUCUAGUGGUGGAGGUAACGGUGCAUCCCAAGCCACCUUCACGUUGCAAACGUCUUUGUAGAUGAACUUUCCCUUGGUAGUUACCGGCGCCACGAGACCAAGGGGAUCGUAAAUUCUUGCCAGAUUACGAAACAAUGUUCUUUUUGACGCGACUGCAUCAUAUUGAGGCAUGGUAACACUUAUCUGAUCUUCUUGUUUGUCCCACGAGAGUCCAAGAAAACUGCCUGUCUUUCCUUUUGUUUGACCGAGCUGCUGUUUAGCAAACGUGCCCUCGUCUUCAACCCCUCUUUCACUCCCUUCUAACUCGGCAACAUUCGAGUGCCACUUGUACAGCGUGAACUUAGCAUCUUCGAAGAUUCUUAUGGCUCCCUCUUUCAUCUCUUUUCGCCUCUGGUACUGUUGGUUUCCCGCUGAUCAGAUCGUCGACAUACAUGCUUUUGCGCAGUUCAGCAACAAGGUGUGGCAUACAAGACUCCCAGGUUUCAAGAUGGCACUCUAUCACUCCCCCAAGAAAAAAGGGAGAAGGCAUAAAACCGAACAGAGAUCGCGUGAAUCUCAACACCUCCACUUCAGAAUGUUCGCUGGUCUUCCAAUGAAAUCUAAGUACAUCUCUCUCUUCCUUCUUUAUGCGCACCUGACGAAAGGCCUGUUGUAGGUCCCCAGUGAUAAGGACUGGAUGAAAGCGCAUGCGUACUAAAAAUACUCCGCAGGUGAUUGUGAAGCGGUGGUCCGGCAUACAGAGAAACAUUUAAACUUGGCACAUGAGGGUUCGCUCUAGACGAGGCGUCAUAAACGAUCCUUAGCUUCGUAGUUUCAGCUCCUUUAAUCUUUUAUCUUUAAUCAAGCUAAUUGCAAAUAGUGCUUUUGCCAAUCCGGCAAUACGGAUCCACCGGCUUGUGAGGUAUGUAGAAUUCCCUGCGAUGAAUCACUUGCGACUUGUACUAUUCCCACGGACUUCUGUUUUUCAAUUAUCUCUCCAUAACUCUCGGUCACAUCCAACCGCUGGCGUCUGUUCUGGAGGUAGCUGAGCCUUCGCAAACUAACUGCUUUAUCGUUUGGCAAAGGCGGAUGGCUACCUUUCCAUGGUAGCGGGGUUUCAUACCAGCCUUCUGGGUGUCGUAGCAACUCUUCUCUGAACUCUGCAUAGACUGUGCGCUGGUCAUGUUCUGGGGUAUCUUCUAAAACCUGAGACGUCUAGCCGACAAAGUUCUGCAUAAUCCACACGACUCGUUUGAGUCCGCAGCAUAUUCGUGUGGUCAAUCUCAGUUCACGGUGACAUAAUAGUCCACUCCAGCUUGGUCUUGUCUGCUACUGGUUCCCCUAGGAGCCCAACGCGGCAGAGCUCGGACGUCUUGAUCCCUGUAUACUCGCUGGCCCCUGAUAUCAGGUGUGUUGGGAGAUAUGGCUUAGGGUCACAGUCCGUCAUCUCAACUCCCUUUAGAUGAGCCUAUGACUCGAUAAUCUUUUGAUAGUGUGGGUUAUUAAUCAUCAGCAACUCCCGUCUUUCGACCUUGGUAACGUCAACGUUUAAUUCGUCACUGCCAUCAGUUGAACGUACUUUGAUUUUGGAAAGUUCUACUUCACGUGUGGUCGAUCCCAGCAUCAUUUCUAUUCGAAGAACUUCUUUAGCCCGAGAGCUCUUGGGAAGUUUCUCCAAAAGCACAACUGAAGCAUACGAACUCUUAGCUCAUGUAUCCAGAAGUGCACGAUACAGUACUCCCUCCACGGUUACUAUCACCACAAGAUAAACAACACGCCCUUGGUUCUCGGUGGCUGUCAACAAUUGGUCUCCUUGAUUGCAAAUCGAUGUAUGGUGUUACUGUCUGCACUUCUGACAACGCAUUCUACUCCUACACUCAGUUGCAUGAUGUCUUGGCCCAGUGCAAUUAAAGCACAUCCGCUUCUGCGCUAGUAUUCUUUUCCUCUCGUCUAUCGUGGAUACGCGCGUGCAAUCGCUCGAGAUGUGACUCGCGUCAUCACAGUAAAUACAACGGCGUUUGUCCAUGGAUUCUGCGUGGAAAAAACGAGAUUUGUUCUCAGGGCGCUUAGACGGAGUAGUCAUGCUCUCGACGUUAUUUCCUUCAUUCGCUGGAUUUACGUCUCUCCAUUUCUUCAGAGCUUGGGCCAAACGGGGUAAAUCCCAGUCUUGCCAGUUUUCUUGUCCCCCGACCAAAUCGGCUUUGAUUCCUGUCAAUUUAUCUAGCACGCUUAUUGUCAUUCCGUUUACUCUCUCAAUUUUUCCAAGCGUUUCCAGUGACUGGACGUUAAACAGCAGUGUUUGUAAAAGGAAUUCACUUUAUUUGGGUCGGCGCUUGUCACAGUGGGGAGUUGAAGAAUGUUAUUGACAUAGGCGUUGACAACUUCGCUCGUUUUUCCAUAUUCUUCUUUGAUUAUGUUUUUUGCUUUUUCAUAUCUCUCUGUAUUAAGCGGCAAUCCAUCGAUGUCUACCCUGGCUUUAGGCUCCAAUAGCUCUUGCAAGUAGGCAAAUUUUGUUACAGUCGCUAAUUCCGUUUUGUCGAUUUCCGCCUCGAAUUUAUUCCAGAACGGCGUUGUUCAAUGCGUUGUUCAUUGGUUUCUCUAUACGUCCACGUCUGCACAAAUAGUCGUGUACAAGCCAAACGUUUUAGCGCUGGUAUGUUUUUCAGGUUGAAGAUAUGGUGCUUAAACUGAUAACAGUCACCGCUAUCAUUACGAUUAUGCACGAGCGCUUUUUUUAAUUAAUAGCAACCUUAAUCCAGCUUUUAUUAUGUCCUUUUUCUCCAGAUCACCUGAUUCACAACCCUCUGAUAAAUGGGAAAUGCUGCCCGAGCAAAUAGAAUUCGAGGAAGAGCUAGGGAGAGGAGAGUUUGGUGUUGUUUACAAAGCAACCUUUAGAAAGAGGGAUGAGAUGGAGGCGUUGGUGACUGAGACUUCCAAAUGGCCUUCUUCAUCCACGAAGACGAAGGCACCACAGGUGGUGGCUGUCAAAGUUUUACAUGGUAAGAAAUAUUUUAAUCUACAAAACAAGAGACAAAGCCGUAAGCGUUAAUUGAAUUUGUAACUUAUUUCCAGUUGUUUAUUUGCAACAGAAACGAAUUCUUUUUUAUUUCUUGUUUGGACCUUUCUGAGACCCUAACAGAAAAUCAGUCGAAAAAAGUCAAAUUUUUUUUAUUUCGCUUGCUUUGGUUCCUGUUAGUAUUGUUGGUGUUGUCGAUUAUUCUUUUCACCACUUUUCUCCUUCGAAAACAACGGCUAAGGCCUGAGGGUAAAUGGGGUAGGAGUUCAAGGUAGUAUGCCUUACCCACCCUGACUGUUCCAGAUAGCGCAUCCCCUCCAAGGCUGCUAACUAAGAAGAUGGGGUGGUAAAGUGACUAUUAAACUGAAAUGCACUUAGAAAGUACAAUCUACCUGUCUUUUUGUGCAUAGGAGGAUGCGUGCGAUAAAAAGGGAUGAAUAUCUGUCACGCAAAUGAAAAAUCUAGCACUGAAAUAACAUGCUGUCACAGGAAGAAUGAAGAAGACAUAAUCAUUUUAUCAAAUUGUCUUUAGAUGAUCCAUCUGAGGCACAGAUAGAAGAGUUCACGUUUGAGAUUGAACAAAUGAAACUGUUAGGCUCACAUAAGAACAUUGUAUCCAUGGUUGGAUGCUGCACGCUUGAAGAGAAAAUGUUCCUGGUCAUAGAAUACGUUCCGUGUGGUGACCUCUUGACGUGGCUACGACGCAGAAGAAAAAAGGUAAGAAAAUCAUUGCAGCGUGUUUUCGUGUUCUGAAAGGGUAGACACCAUUUUUUAUGACUAUAUAGCUGCCAGCCCUAUCAUGUUUUGGGACUAUCGCAGAUUUACAUCUGCGAAGCUGCCAAUUUCAUACCCGAUAAAGUCCUUGUUAUUGAAAUCAUAAGAAUUUUUUUUAAAAACUUUUGUUACAAAGAGAAAAUACUUUCUCUCGAGAUUACUCAGUGCUUAAGGGAAAAUAUUUCAACAUUAUCAUAUAUCUGACUGGAUUUGAUACAAGGUGCCUGCACUCACUCUACUGGACAGCCAAGUCCAAGGAGCAAGAACUCAUCCUUACCACCCAUGAAACUCACUCCCGCCAAGCUCUGCUAGUAUUGUUCCGAUUAUGAGUCACAGUAUUUAUGUGGCUGGGCUAGCUUACAGGAAACUUCCUUGACUUUGAACUGCAUUCUGGAUUGAAAAUCUAUCAAAGCGACAAAAUCUCCCCUACCUAACCCCUACUUUUGACACAAAAAAGCCAGCCACCCACCCUACUAGGUCCGGGCCUAAGCUCUCUGAUAAGCUCUUUGGCUUCCCCGGCUUGAUGCCCGUGUGCAAGCGAAAACUUUGCGGGCACCUUUAAACAAAGUCACACAGAUGUAUUGGUCUUUAUUUGUUCCGAAACUGAUAACGUUGCUUGCUGGAAGUCUAGAUCAACGAACUUAAAGCUUCCGAGAGAUCAUAUGCUGACAAAGAGGUUCUGAAAGAUCAGGAAGAGACCAGAGAUAAGGUAGGCUAAUUAAAAAAUGUACUGAUUCAAUAUUUUAUCCAUUUUUGUUUGACCCUGUUAUUUUUUCUAUUCUUCAAAGUCCCCAAACCGUUUGUUGUUUGUUCUCUAUGUCUGGUGGACGGCUCAUUGUACGUAAUCAGACUUUAUUAAGGGCGCUUUCCAAAAGUCAGAAUUGGCCGGCCAGACCAUAGCCGGCACCGGUCAUUUUGACAAUGAAAAAUGCUUUUUUCCAAGAGCUUUUGUUGAAACACCAUUUCCUUUGUGCCCGCUAUUUGGGAUCUGACGGAUAGUUUUGAUUAAAAGUGAAAUUCUCAUUAUGACUGGAAUGGUCUGGCCGGUCAGUUCUCACAAAUGGAAAGCGUCCUAAGAUUAUGUUAAGACACAGAAAUGGUUUCCAUGCAUGUAAAAAUCACCAAAAAGUUAUUAUGUUUAAAGCCCUCUGAUAAAUUUUUUUCAUGUCGUUUUCAUGGGGUGGUAUAAGAGGGAAGGUGGAACACUCUUAUAGGGUGGAUUGAACGGUCUUUCCUUCUUCGUAGCAAAAACAAGCAGGCAAACUUUUGAAGAAAACGGUAAAGGAAGAGCAGGCUCAGGUCAACACGGAAAUGAUCUCAUUGCGCCAGAGUAGCGACCCAAAGGACAUGGCGUCAGCCACUCACAGUCUCCCUGAUGUAAGAAUUUUAAUAAACACACUCAAGCCACAAGCGGCCUUGUCUCCAUCCUUGGAGGCCUAGGGGCAGUCAGGUGGUUCGGGAAAAAACGUUUGAGCCCCUGGUUACCGACUAUCACCAGACCAUUUUCAAACAAUCCAGCGAGUGCUGACUCCCGAUUGGGCACAAAAAAAUGCUUUGUAUUAUAUUGCCCAAUGGGCGAACAGGGGCUUCUAUUUUCUUUCCGUGUGUUCGUACACGACGGCUAUUAUCUCGCCAUACUUUCACCAAGGUUGGGCGUGCAAGGAGAAUCUUGGCUUUUCCCACCUUGCCCCUACAAGAAACGUAGGAACUACUGAUGAUUUGGGAAGACGUUUCAGAUGCAAUCAGCAGGACCGUUCCAAUUUGCUCCUAGACCAUUCUGUCACGAGCAGGGUGCAAAGAAAGUCAGUUUUACACCCUGCCAUUCGGGCAAGCUGUAGCUAGCAUGUACUAGCCCACAAGUCAUUUCAACUAGCCCCCAAACCCUUUUUGAUUAGCAAGACUGAUUACCAUCCUUCUGUAAUUAGAAUUUCCCCAAAAAACAGCUCUUGCCCGUCGGGAAAAAUCUCUAGCCCGAUAGCAAAAUCCACUAGCCCCGGGCUACCGGAAACGACUUUCUUUACACGCUGCUCAAGAUAUCGUAAAUGAUAUUUACGAUGGCGUGAUCGAUAAGGAUCGAUGCAAGCUUGAAUACGUGUUGUAAGCUCAAGUUUAUGUUUUUGGAUAAGCACCUUUUAAAUACCCUUUCAUACGUUUCCAAAUUUAGUUUUCGGGUAGACAGUUGCAGUUUCUUUGAAUUCAUGAACGGGCUUUAUAUCGAACUGAAACUUUCCUGGCAACGUGUAUUUCUUUGGUGCAAGAGCCAAACAAGUAUCAUAAUGGCGAGACAAUAGCUGUCGUGUACGAACACACCAAAAGAACUCAGGAGAUGGUGUUUAUCGAUUGGGCACAAUAAUACAAAGCAUUCUUUGAACACAGUCAGCUUGACCGUUUGGAAAUAAUUUAGUAAGGGUCGGCACCCAGGGGCUCUUCCGCCCUUGCUUGAAAACUAUUUUUUGCCGCGCCUUUUCUCCCGACCCGACUGACUGCCUCUGGCUCUCCGAGGAUGCCUUGUCUCGCGAUACGAAGGAUGUAACAUGAUAUAUUUCAUUCCUAAGGGCAUUGGCGAAGCGAAAGGUGACGUUUCAGUGACGUGACUGAAGAGAUAUCACGGAACAAAAGACAAUUGUUAUUGAAUUAAAUAUCGUGGUUUUUGAAGAAUUAUAAAUAAAAUUUCCAUCUUAUUUCAGUAGAACUUUAAAUAAACAAAUUCACCUCCUUUCUGUCUUCAGUUAGUCGAAUUACAUAGUUUUAGCACAAGUACCCCGAAACUCAUGGAAGAUAAUUAUUAGUGCAUAAGAUUUUAUAGCAUGAUUUAAAUUGGAUUUUAAGCUGAGGGAACUAGCAAAUAAAAGAAUAAGAAGAAAAAGGCAUUAGUCUGCCUAAACUUGUGUGAUAUUUCAAUUUUUAGUUACAGACAGUAGCUUCUAACAAUGUAAUGUUACAAUUUUCUUACAUAUAAAUUAAUCGCCUUUCUUAAAAAUCAUUUAGCAAAGGUUCCGGUUUAAUAGUGAGGCUAUGGACGAUGAACAUUCUGCACAAAAGGAACAAGUGAACAUUGCACAGCAAAGCGACAAAGAUGCCGUUCUUGAAGUGAUUCCCUCAACUUCCGCUACAAAUCAAGUAAGAAGUUUUAUAAUUAUUUACCACCACAAGUAAUGCGGGUAUGGGUAUGCGGGUACUUGGUGUACUUGGUGCAUUUGGUGCGUCAGGGUCAUGAACCUCCCUACCCUGCAAUGUACAGUUCCGGGUAGCCCUUGGGCAAGGCGUAACACCCGUUAGGCCUGUCAAGGUCACGAAACUGUUGCCUGGCAGUCAGGGUUUUUUUUUUGCCACAGGUUAAGGGAGACAACCCUUACAGAAAACGAGCACACCGCUGGAAGGUCUGACGCUCCUCCAGCAUCGCUUGCUGGGAUUUGUCUCAGUGAGCCCAGCAAAACAUUGAUUUGGACAGAAAUUGAUUAUCUGUUCUAUAGUAUUGUUCUCCUUAACAUAACCUACGGACUAUCUGUUUAUGAUGCCUCCGAUGCGGAAAUUCAUGUCCUUCAGCAAUUUUUCGACAGAUGCUAUAAGUUACGCUUUAUAUCUACACAGUUAAAUAUUAGAUUAUUACUACAAAAACAAGAUAAAGCGAUUUUUCAAAAAGCUAAACAGCAUGAUAACCACCCUCUGAAGGUGUGCUUACCGCAAGAAAAGAACAAUCUAACCUACAAUCUUCGACGUAAAAGCUUCCAAAGGCCCAAGAUAAACACCGAACGUUAUAAGAACACAUUUGUAAAUAGAUUAAUUUUUAAAUACAACCUUUAAUGAUAUUUUAUGUCAGAUAUGUGUAACUAUUUUUUGCAUUUUUUAAAUCUUUUUAUUCUAUUGUAAUUUAGCUGAACUUUUAAUCUUUUUAUCCUGUAACAUUGGAUAUGUAUUUUUUAUCUAAUGAGCAAUAAAGACAUUUAUUAUUAUUAUUAUUAUUAUUAUUAUUAUUAUUGAUAAACACUGCAAACUUCCCUACAUACUUGCUCGGUCCUCGCCGGGAUAAACAAGGGCCGCGACCCCUAGUGGGCAACCAUGUUGGAGUUGAUAAGUCAGCUACUGGAAGACUCUUAAGAUGCAAGAUAAACACUCUGGUGUCAACUUUUACCAUCCGUUCACUCAACUACAUUGAGAUGAUUGGAGAGCUUACCGCGCUGGCAGAGGAGAAAGGAAUAUCUGUUGUUUGUCUGCAGGAACAUCGAAAAUUUCACGAUAAUGCGGACGUGCACUAUGCUGAUGUCGGCAAAGGCUGGAUCUUGGCCACUUCCUCGUGCUGGAGGAAGUCCGUUAACAGUUGCGUGGGAGGAGUGGGUAUGCUACUAAGCCCCUCUGCUUACUACUCCCUCGAGGACAAUAUUGUGGUGGUGAAUAGCCGAAUCAUCGUGGCAAACUUAAGUGACAACCCUGCUACUACUAUUAUAUGCUGCUCAGUCCAACGAACUGCUCGGAUGACAGCGAUGCUCUAGACUUCUACAACACAUUCUCUGAAUUAAUAAAGAAGCUACCUGGACAUAACCUUAAAUCAUAUGUGGUAAUAUUUGAAUGCACAAAUCAGUCCCUUAGACUGUAAUGGGUUUAGCUUUGGAAAAAAAACGUUUAUGCUGGAUAUGGCUACUGCAUGUAGGCUUAUAAUUUAGAACACACGCUUCCAAAAGAGCUUUAACAGUUGUGGACGUUCAUGUACCCAAAUGGUUGCAAAGCCAAACUUGAUUAUAUACUGGUAAACAGGAAAUAGUGGAACAGUGUCUCAAAGACUAUCAGGCAUAUGACCCUCUCAGUACAGUAUAUUCAGACCAUAAAAUUGUCGUAACUAAACUACGCCUCAGUUUGCUAGCCAAUGGGAAAACAACUGCCAAAUGUACCAGUUUCGACUGGCAUUGUUUUAGCACCAGCCACUCCGUAAGAGAGGCUUAUACUGUGGAAGUUAAGAAUCGCUUUGAGGCCCUGUACGAGCUUGAGGAAAAACACACUGUGAACGAUCUGUAUACUACGAUUAUCGAGGCCCAAAUAGAUGCAGCUGAGAAGUGUAUUCCUAAGAAAGGAAGGAAAGCGUGUUUGUGA